AUGUCUAGGUCAAUUGCCCCGUCCAGGGCAUUGCUGAAAGCCUUCCAGGAAACCCGAGUGCCAUCGCGACAAUGCCGGCGUUUCCUCUCCUCGUCACAGACCUCCGUCGCUCGACGGCCAGCCCUCACAACAAACACCCUCGGCCAGCCUGCGAGGCACCAGCCCUUGGUGCAGAAGCGCUUCAAGUACAAGUCCGUCGAGGAGGCGAAGAGCAGGUACCAAAUAGGGCCCUUCUCUUGGAAAGCACUCGUGCUAUUCGUCGUGACAGCCGGCGGCCUGACCUGGUACUUCGAACAUGAGAAAGAGCGCAUGCAGAAGAAGCGCAUCGCAGAGGCGAACAAAGCGGUCGGGAAGCCAAAGGUCGGCGGGUCAUUCAAGCUUGUGGACCAGGACGGCAGGCCUUUUUCCGACCAGGAUAUGAAGGGCCGGUACUCCCUGGUCUACUUCGGCUUUACACACUGCCCGGACAUCUGCCCGGAAGAGCUCGACAAGAUGGCAGUCAUGUUCGACAAUGUCGAGAAGGAGAUCCCGGGGGGGCUGAACGGGAUCUUCGUGACAUGCGACCCUGCGCGCGACGGUCCCCAGGAGCUCAAGAAGUACCUGGCCGAGUUCCACCCCAGGUUCGUGGGGCUGACGGGCUCGUAUGACGAGAUCAAGGCCAUGUGCAAGGCCUACAGGGUCUACUUCAGCACACCUUCCAAGGUCCCAGCGGGUCAGGACUACUUGGUGGAUCACAGCAUAUAUUUCUACCUGAUGGACCCGGAGGGCGAUUUCGUCGAGGCGCUGGGACGGCAACACUCGCCUGACCAGGCAGCGGGUGUGAUCCUGGGUCAUAUGAGGGAGUGGAAGGGAGAGUUCAGGAAGUAG